AUGCUAAAAUUUUUAUUCAGAAAAAAUACGAUAAAAAGAUUUUCUACAAAAAGCUCGUUCGAUAUAAAUAAUUUCGUUCUGUACAAUGGAAACGAUUAUAUGGUUAUUGAAAAAGAAUAUGGGAUGUCUACGUUUGGACAAAAUGAGAAAAAAGAUAGUGUAAUAAAAAAUUUACAUUUAUUAAAUAAUGAGAAUGGAAACAAUUUUGAAAUAGUCUAUAAAUUACAUAGUAGUAUUGGAGGUUGUUUAUUAAUUUGUAAAAAUAAAUUUAUUAAAAAACAUUCUUAUCAAAAUAUAUUUAUAACAUUAGUAUAUGGAAAAAUAAAAGAAAAAUAUAAUACACAUAAUGAAAUAAAAAUGUAUUUAAAAUAUAUUCCUAAUUCAAAUAUUAUGAUACCAGAAUGUGAAAAUAGUCAAAAUUUCCAAAUGCUAAAAUAUGAGGUAAUUAGUAAUUCAAUUAUGUUAAACAAACAAAAUUUAAGUUUAUUAAAAAUAUAUAUAAACGCAAAAAAUUCAAAAUAUAUAAAACCUUUGUUAUUUUAUUCUUUAAAUACAUGUAUAGUUGGUGAUAAUGAAUAUAUAAAUGUCCAAAAAAAAUUUAAGUCUAAUUUUUUUUAUAAUUUUUCUGAAAAAAAAAAUCAAAAUUAUAACCUUGCAAAUGAAAAUAAAAUGUUAUUAAAAAAUUUACAUAAAUAUAAUAAAGAAUUAAAACUACAUCUAUUCUGUUUUAAUGUUACAUUUGAAUCACAUUGUAAUAAAUUAGUUUCAAUAUUUUGUCAAAUUCCUAAACAUAUAAAAGAUACACUAAAUUUAUUUGGAGCAACUUGUUUAGUUAAACUGAUUGAUAGCCAAGUAAAAAAUGAAAAAAAAAUUAUUAAUAUUAAAAGUGAGAAUAUGGAAAAUUUAACUAUUAUAGAAAAAGAAGAAAUUGUAAAAAAUAAAAUUCUACAAAUUAAUAAAAAUAUUAAUAUAGAAGAAAGUAAUAAAUUUUAUGAUUCUAUGAAAGAUCAAAAUAGAUUGAAUGAGGAAAGUGAGGAAUUUUUAAAAAAAAUAUAUGGAAAUAAUGAUGUUAAUAAAAAAGGUCGAAAAAAACCGAGAAGGGGAAUAUUAGCAAAAAAUAUUAAUAAGCUAUCUACUUCUGAUGCCCCUAUUUAUUUCACUGACAUUUAA